AUGAAGGCGUCGCUGAAGCUCCGGGACGACGCGGGGCCGCUGCUCCGCGCGAAGCUCCCCGUCGAGCUCUUCUCCGUGCCCGCCGUCGCCUCGCUCACCGCCGGCGAUCCGGCCGACCUCCGCCUCUCCCUCGCCACGGCCGUCCCGGCGCUCCCGUCCCUACGCCUCUCCUACGCGCCCAACCGCCCCGCGGGCUCCUCCCCGCUCUCCGCCUCGCUCGUCCUCGGCUACGGCCCCGGCGGCUGCCCCUCCGCGCCCGGCGCCUACGCCAUCACCAUGGUCGUCGAGGUCAGCGCCGCGGGCGCGCUCUCCUUCUCGCUGGCCCUCAAGCCCUCGCUCGGCGACUUCGCCGUGCGCAAGCGGUUCUAUUCGGACGGCGCGGGAGGCGGGAUGUCGGCGUCGGAGGUGGCGAUGAGGAGCGUCGUGCCUGUGCGCGGCGGCGCGGCGGCGGCGAGGGUCCGGUGGGGCGUGAGGAUACCCGCCGAGAUGACCGCCGGCGUGGAGGCCGGCGCCGCCGGGGUGAUGCUGCGGAGGCUGCCUUUCUUGGUUCUCGGCAAGGUCACGGUGGAGAGGCGGGCGGGGAAGCCGGCGCCGGAGGUUGCGCAGCAAGAGGAGGCGGCGGUGGAGAAGGUGAGGAGAGAGAACGAGAAGCUGAGGCGGGAGAUGGAGGAGCUCCGGGCGACAGCGGGGCAGAGGAGAGAGAAGGAGACGGUGGCGUUGGCCGGUGCCGGCCGGAGCGGUGGCGGAAGGUCGCCGGGGAUGAGUACGAAACGAGACGGCGUUGAUGUAGGGCCGCAAGUGAAUCCUGCGAGCUAG